CUCGCUUUCCUUUCAUAACAGCGCCCUGCCAGCCUUUUUGCAGGAUGCAUGAGGCGGGCGCCUCUCUGUCUGCCUCCCAGCCCCGGUUUCUCCUUUGUCUCUGCUUGGCGACUAGGCAGCCGGCAGCCUCCUCUCCCGAGGGGUGCCUUUUGGGACGCAGGCUUGCAUGAGCCAGGCUACUCCUUUGUUCAUGGGAGAGCCGCCCUCCUCCUGAGCGGGGAAGUUGUUCCUUUGCUUGGCGGGGCUUUGAUGCUGCCUUUACCUGACCCUCGCUGCGCCUUUACAAGCGGCUUCUCCCUCUGUUGUGUCAGCAGCAUCCUCGGUGGCUUUACUUUGAAAUUAAUAACCUACGGGAAACACUGCAGAGAAAGAAGAAUGCGAUCUUAGUGGAUGGCAUCGUUUUAAAUGGCCCAGUAGCAGAUUCAAAAGCAGGAGAGAAAUUUGUGGAGGAGGCCAGUAAGAUCAUAAUGGAGCAGGUGAUAAAGAAAGCGGCUGAUGUAACAGAAAAGGUGUGUGAAUGGCAUCCUCCUGAGAAGCUGAAAACACUAAUCGAUUUGGAACUGAAAGACACUGGAGAAACCCAUUUGAGACUCUUGCAACUUUGCCAGGAUGUUAUACGAUUCAGUGUGAAAACAUAUCACCCACGAUUUUUUAAUCAGUUGUAUGCUGGUAUUGAUUAUUACUCUUUAGCAGCACGUUUCAUUACAGAAGCAUUAAACCCAAGUGUGUAUACCUAUGAAGUGUCUCCAGUGUUCUUGUUAGUGGAAGAAGCAGUCCUAAAGAAAAUGAUUGAGUUUAUUGGGUGGGAAGAAGGUGAUGGUAUAUUUAAUCCAGGUGGCUCUGUUUCUAACAUGUAUGCUAUGAACUUGGCUAGAUAUAAAUACUGUCCUGACAUAAAGGAAAGAGGCCUUUCAGGGAUGCCACGACUGGUUGUAUUCACAUCAGAAGAGUGUCAUUACUCCCUGAAGAAGGCAGCAGCUUUUUUAGGAAUUGGCACACAAAAUGUGUACUUCGUCAAAAGUGAUGAAAGAGGUAAGAUGAUACCUGAGGAACUGGAGAAACAAGUCCAGCUGGCCAGGAAAGAGGGCGCUGCACCAUUUUUUGUCAGUGCCACAUCUGGCACUACAGUUUUGGGAGCAUUUGAUCCUCUGGAUGAAAUAGCUGACAUUUGUGAAAAACAUGACCUUUGGCUGCAUGUCGAUGCAUCGUGGGGAGGCUCAGCUUUGCUGUCACAGAAGCACUGCAAACUUCUGCAAGGCAUCCACAGGGCCAACUCUGUGGCAUGGAAUCCUCAUAAGAUGCUUAUGGCUGGGAUCCAGUGUUGUGCCCUUCUGGUGAAAGACAAUUCUGAUUUGCUUAAGAGAUGCUACUCUGCUAAGGCGUCAUACCUUUUCCAGCAAGACAAGUUCUAUGAUGUCAGCUAUGACACAGGUGAUAAAUCAAUCCAGUGUAGCAGAAGAGCAGAUGCUUUCAAAUUCUGGAUGACAUGGAAAGCGCUGGGGACAACUGGUCUUGAAGAAAGAGUAAACAGAGCUCUUGCAUUAGCCAGAUACCUAGUGGAUGAAAUUAAGAAGAGAGAGGGAUUCCAGCUGCUGCUGGAGCCAGAGUAUGCAAAUAUUUGCUUCUGGUACAUUCCACCUAGUUUGAGAAGUAUGGAGAAAGGACAUGAGUUCUGGGAGAAGCUCCAUCAUGUUGCACCCAUCAUUAAAGAGAGGAUGAUGAAAAAAGGCAGCAUGAUGUUAGGGUACCAGCCUCAUCAUGGCAAGGUUAAUUUCUUCCGCCAGGUCAUUAUCAGCCCCCAGGUGAGUCGUGAAGACAUGGACUUCCUGCUGGAUGAGAUCGACUCGCUUGGUAGAGACUUGUAACUAUUGACCCACAACAUUUGGCACACCGUGUGUGUGUGUGUGUGUGUGUGUGUGUGUGUGUGUGUGUGUGUGUAGUUUACAGAUUGAGAAUGCUUGUUGCAUAAUGGUACUAGAUCUUGUAACUUGUAGACAUAUGUUCAAGUGACUCAAACCACUGUCUAGAACACCCUAGGGACAUGGUUUUAUUUUAUCAUUGCUCCUCUUAACAAGGAGAUGAUGCUUUUGAAAGAGACAUUUUGUUUCUAAUGUUGGCAGGUACUCAGCUGAUACUCAUUGCCGAGUUGGGCCAAAUGCACCACUGAUGUAAAUUGUCAUAAAUCAGUUGACAUUAAUGGAGUUAAGCCAUUGGAAGAGUAGGGCUGAGCCCCAGUGAGUAUUAAGAAAAGAAGUAUCUUCGUAUGUUAGUGUUGCACAGUCUAAAGGUUAGAGGCAGAGAUUGAUGGGUUCUGCUGAUGCAAGGAGUUUGCUAACCAAAGUGCUAGCUAGUGAGUGAGUUGAACACACAUCUUCAUCUCUACCAAUUUUUCUUAAAAUAUCCAUAACAUUAAAAUUUUGCAAUUUCACCAUAAACCUUUAUGAUCUUUUGAGGGGAAAAAUACAUAUAGUUUCUGAACCACUUUUCUAAUUAAAUCUAUAUUGUUAAAGAAGGGUCUUUCUUAAGCAUUUUAGAGGCAUAGUCAAAGAAAUUUUACAUAUACAUAUAUGUAUAUACAUAUAUCUAUAUAAAUAUCUCCUAGAGCUGUAUUUUUUUAUGCUAUGUGGCUGUUUAAGGAUUACUGUAUUGAUUCAUCCACUGGUGUAUUUCUAAAGAUGUAAAAACUACCAAUACAAGUGAGCAGAGUGUAAAUUUGGGAAAGAUUGCUAAAGAUCAUAUAUAUGUCUAGUAAUUUGAAAUGUCUUCAUAAUAUUCGAACAGAGGUAAAUACAUACUUUCUUGUGAAUGUGAAAGGCCCAUAGGUUUAACCCAUUUCAUUUCAUUUGUUUGUUACGGUAUGUUUCAACAAAGAUUUCUCAUUCAUGGUUUUGUUCUUGCAUUACUGUAUGUAGGACAUCUGCUAUAUUUGCUUACUUGAAUUUGAAAUGUGUGGCAUGGUGUAAUAAUUAAUUUAUUAGGGUUCUGUAUUUUUACCUGCUACUGUCGGAUCUAUGUGAUAUGUAAAGUGCAUAACAGAAUUGUCCAGUUUCAGCAUUGUUGUGGUACUCUUUUGUAGUAGCCUAUUUAACCCUAACAAGUGCAAAACUUCUGUGUUUUUAGGUAUAUUUGAAUAAAAAGUAAUUGAUAACUCUUCUCAAUAAAUCCAGAUUUUUAAUUGUUUUAAA